CUGGCUUCACCUGGAAAAAGGAGGUAGUGAUUCUGAGCCAGGUUCAUCAUCCCUAUUGUGCUCCUCAGGUACAGAUCUGACUAUUCUCACAAUGCAUAUCCUACAGAUCAGUGCUGUGGUUUGUGCUUUCAUCAGCCUUCUUCUCCUCCUUAUCGCCCUGGGCUCAGACUACUGGGUGCUAGUCGGCAAUGUGAACCAAGGCCUCUGGAAAUCUUGCUUUACUGUCGUUUCGAGCUAUACUUGUUUGUCACAUUCAAUGGCUGGCAUACCAGUUUACUUGGAUGUUCCCCGAACCUUCAUGAUCUUCGGGAUGAUCGCUGGAGCCGUCUCUUGCAUCGUUCUUUGUGGAACAUUUUUUGACUUCCAGUUCGGUUUCCUCUCCCAGGCCAAGACCUCAGCCAUAGCCAGCCUUGUUGCAGCUGGUUGCGUCCUGAUUGCCAUGGCCACCUUCACAGGGCUUACAGCACCAAACAACGGUUUUGCAUGGUCUUAUGGCUGGUCUUUUGGCUUGGGUUGGGCCUCCUUUCCUCUCUUCCUUAUUACUGGUGGGCUGUCUUUCCCCUUGGACACUGCUGGGUCAGCAUGAGCAUGAAGAAAAGGCUGCUACCAUUUCAGUUGACACUUAGAGUUAUGUUGAUAGGGUGGGGCACAGACACAGCCUGGACUGGGGGAAAUGAAUGUACCAUACUUUAGUGGGAGGAAACGGAAACAAGGCCUCUUCAUAAUAAAUUGGAAUCCUUUCCCUGAAUACUGUAGAACAGGACUAGCCAGCGAUGUGCCUCCAAGCUUUAGUGGACUACGAUUUCCAUUCUUGACCUUGCUAGCUGAGGCUGAUGGGAGUUGGAGUCCAAUAACAUCUGGAGAGCAGCAGAGUGGCUAGGAAAUCAUUCCUUCCCCAAACGAAGACUAUUAUUAUUAUCAUUAUUAUUAUUAUUAAAAAUGAGGUUAAAGAAUAUCUACAGCAUAGUAUCUGCCAAACAUAUGAUGAUCUAAGAAUUAAUAAUGAUAAUAAUAAUAAUAAUAAUAAUAAUAAUAAUAAUUUAUUGUUUAUACCCCACCCAUCUGGCUGGGUUUCCCCAGCCACUCUGGGCGGCUUCCAACAGAGAAAUAUUCCUUCAAUGGCUGGGCCUGGGUUAAAGUCAAGGAAUGAGUAAACCAGGCUUUUUCAAUGCAUCCAUCAGAAAAGAAUGGUCUAUGGAUUAAAUUAUAUUCUGAGUUCUUGCCUUCAUAUUCUGUGUAUUUUGUAUU